AUGGACCCCAACUGCUCCAGCUGCGCUGCAGGUGGCGCCUGCAACUGCCAGCGCUCUUGCAAGUGCAAAGGCAACAAAUGUGGCUCCUGCAAAGAAAGCUGCUAUUUCUGCUGCCCUGCAGGCUGUGCCAAGUGUGGGCGGGGCUGUGUGUGCAAAGGGGCUUCAGAAAAGUGCAGCUGCUGUAACUGA